UCUUUUAUUUUUCAACCGACGUGACUUCACCGAAAGAACCAAAGAGUAUAGUUUUUUUUUAGUUUAUAGUUUCCUGCCAAAGCCCAUUUGCUUUUGUUAACAGUGACAACGAUUUUGAUUUAAAGCUGUGGUUUUCACACGUGAUGAUGAUUGCUUGUGUUGCAGUCGAAACGUCGUGAGAAUUUUAUUGUUUUUAUAUUUUUAUUAUUUUAUUGUUUCCCUUCUACGUGACUUUACCGAAAGAAACAAGAAUAUCGUGACAACGAUGUACAGUAUAUGUAUCCUCUGUAUGUUCUCCAGUCUAUGUUUAUUUGUUUUCGUCCGAGUGUAAUUCCACGUCUUGCAUAUCUCAUUGCUUUGCAUGCUUUAAAGUUUUUUUUUCUUCCCCACUCUCUUUGUUAAUGACGACGAUUUGUGAUCGAUACAUCAUAGCAGAUAGCCCGCAUACACUAAAACAAAAACACAACACACCUCCGCAUGUUACUUUUCAAUCGAAUGUCCAGAUUACCAAUAAUCACUGCAGCCUUCCCCUCUAUUUAAUUAUUUUGAUUCCGGUAUAACCUCAAUAGCUGUAACUAGGUGUAUAUGCUGCUGUGUCCCUCUGACAGAUAUCUCCCAAUUGUUGAGUGAACUUGUACAUGAUCCCUGUUUUUGCUCAAAGGUAAUCUACAGCCGUCCCUAUGAAGCCCUGCUAAUAUUUCCCGCGGUUCAUUCACAUUGGAUGUUAUAACAGCCGUUGUCAGCAGUCUCCGAUUAGCACGGUUGGCUACGUACGGUGCAAAAGAAGUUCAACAUACAUACGCACAUCUAAGAUGGCCGAUGCCUCCAAUAAUAUUCAUGCCUCAGCCUUGUAUCUUCUGAUGUCACUGUGUACAACUUUGGCGACAGCAUCUCGCGCAUAAGGUUUGCUUAUAUCCGACUACCGCUGUAUAAUGUAAACCCAUCAUCUCCCCGCAGCCGAAUCGCAGCAUGGCGUGCGCGGUGGCCGCCCCGCUGCCGGAGCCGAUCGGGGACUUCCCGGCGUGGCUGGAGGCGCAGGGCGUGAACGCGGAGGUGGCCCGGGCCAUGGACUCGGAGCUGGGCAUCCGGGACUACGGGGUCCUGCGCGCCUGCGUCGGGGACGGCCUCGUGCGGGCCGAGCUGCUGGCCGCGGCGCGCGACCGCCUGCCCUUCGGCUUCUACGCCGUGCUGCGGCAGGUGGUGAAGGCCCUGCGGGGCGCCGAGCCUCACGACGCCGACGACGAUGCCGCGGCCGCCUCCUCCCCUUGUGGCGACGUGACGCUGGGAGGCCUGGUGGACGUGCUGCUCGAGCUGUUCAGCGGCCUGAGCCGGGAGCUGCUGUUGUGCGUGCAGAGGCUGAAUGAGUGGGACGGGGUUCAACCUCCCGGGGCCUCGACGGCCACGGAUGUUGGCAGCCUUGAAGAUGCGACGACAGCUGAAAUGGAUUACGAUGAGCUUGAAGAGGUAUCGACUCCAGUCGUGGGUGACUUCACACGCAGCUUGACAGUGAACCGUGUUAAAAUGGAGCCCUUUGAAGAUGCCGGCAAAGAUUUCGCAAAUCCUGUGCCGGUACCUCGGCCGUCGGAGAUCGGCUCUGUCGCGCAAACUACAAACGAGCCACUUGGCAAACGUCCCUUGGCCGGCUACGCGAACCUCAUCGCGCAGAACAUGGCCUCGCAGCCGGCGGCCAGAACAACCGCGGCGCUUGCGGCCGGAAUUCGUCCUCGUCCGUGGCCGUGGCAGCGGCAGCAGCAGCAGGAGGCGGCCGAAACGCACGGCGAAGAAACAGCCGCCGCCUCCUUCGCCAGAUUCGACCCACCGACGCGGCGGCGGCCGUUUGCGCCGAGCGACGCGACCGCCGGCGGAACGUUCCCGCCGAGCCGCGGGCAGGCGCUGCCCGCCGACGGCGGGGACGAUGCGCCGUACGCCUUUCAUCCCGGGAAGCCCCUCGGUCCGCCGGAGGGCGCCGGGGAGAGGCCGUCCUGGCGCGAGCCGUGCGGCCCGAGGCGGCAGCGGCGGCGGCGCGCGGGCGAGCGGCCGUGCCGCUGCGAGGCGCGCGGGCGGACGUUCUCGCGGGGCUGCCGCGCCAAGCCGCGCGUGCGGGCGCACGCGGGCGACCGGUCGUACCGCUGCGACGUGUGCGGCAAGGUGUUCACGCGCGCCACCGUGCUGCGCUUCCACCAGCGCUUGCACGCGGACGACAGCCCGUGAGCGUCGCGAGCGAGCUGAGCUGAGCUGAGCUGAUGAGCUCUUGCAAGCGGUGGUCGCCGCCAUUCAGCAGCUUUGCUUUGGACAGAGGUAGACCUCUCCGAUGUGUUUUUAGGGCUGUACUGCGUGUUGUUCGGAAUUUUGCCCCAGCAUUUCGCUCCACGCGCUGCUGGGAGCUUUUCUUCAGCUCCCCUCUCUUUGCGUCUGCAUGUGCGGAUGUUGUUUUGCGUGCGCCUGUUUUUUGGGGUGUAUUUGCACGUGUGGGGAACCGGUAGCUUUCCGCACCUCCGAUUCGCACGGUUGGAUACGUACGGUGCGAAAGAAGUUCAACGUACAUAUGUAUGUAGACUCGAACAGAGACCCAUACACUACUGACACAGAGACCCAUAGUUA